AUGAAGGUUUGCAACUUGUUACUUGUUGCUGCGGUUGCCAAUUCGUUGGCAAUCAGAACCCCGCAAAAUGCGAAUGGCAAUGAUGGUCCAAAGAAGGCUAACCAUAGACUUGGAUUUAAACAACACAAGGCUAUGAGAUUGAGAAUGCCAUUUAAGUCUGCCAAUUCUGCUUCUGAUCAAGGUGAGCCAUCCAAUGAAUGGAGUGUUGAGCAUCAAGCUGAUUAUGCCAUGAAGGCUAAGUUUAAAGAUGAUUCUGAUAACGAAGAUGGUGCUCAUGUUGAUGAAUCUGAUUUGGGAUUGGGUAGCUUGGCCAACAUUUUUGUUGAUGAAGGUUCCGAUCCUACUUUUACUGCCAAGUUUAAAUCAGGAGGAUUUGGUGAUAUGUUUUGGCAAUUGUUAAGUGUUGGUAAAGAUUUGACUAUGGAAAAGAUUAACAUUUUGAAGGAUAUUUUGGCCAUGUUGGAUCAAAUUAAGAAUAUCCAUGGCAAAGAUGCUGAAGAAUCUGUUGCUAUCAGUGUUGUUGAUGGUGAUGCUCAAGAAUCAAUUGGAAUUUCGAAAAGAAAUGUUGAAUCUGCAGAUGUUGAAGAUUUCAGCAAUUUGAUUAAGCUUGAUAAAUUGAAGGGUAUUUUCAAGAAGGGUAAAGGGGGAAAAGGUGGUAACGGUGGUUGGAAGAGUAAGUUUGGUAAAGGAAAGCAUGAAGAUGAUGAAGACGAUUACGAUGACGAUGAUAAUUCCGAAUAUGAUGAGGAUGAUUGUGAAAAUGACGAAUAUGACAACAGAGAUAUCAAUCAGGGAAAGAAGAAAUCUGGGUUCAAAUCUGAGAACGGAUACAAGAAGGAUGGUUCCAACAAGGACAAGAGCUACCGUAAUGGCAAAGGAUCUAGCUUUAAAUAUAAUAAAGGUCAUUCUGAUUCUAAAUAUUGGGAACGUGCUGAAGUUAAUGGUGACUUGAAUGAACGCGACGUGGAUUGUAGCAGAUCUAGCCCAUCUCGUUCAGGUAGAAUUGUUGGUGGUGACAAAUUACGUGGUGGUAAUAAGGUACAUGGACGUCCUGAAGAUUGUGAUGAAGAUUAUGAUCACGAUAGGGAUCAUGACAAGGAUCAUGGCAGAAACGACCAUGAUGAUAAAGACCACCACUUUGACAAGGGCCACGGUUGGAAAAAUGAAACCGAUUCUGGUAGAGACCACGGAAAGAGCGAUGGCAAAAAUCACGACUGGAAGAAUGAAAAAGAUCUUGAUAGAGACCACCACAAUGGCAAAGACCAUGACAAUGGCCAUGGUAAGAAUCACGACUGGAACCAAGACGAAGAUUGUGAUGACCUUGACAAUGAUCGUCUUGGUAAAAACUGGAACAAGGAAAAAGGUUCCCGCUCAAAAGUAUCCAAGAGUGAGGAAGUGCAUUUGGCUAUGAGAGACUUGAGCAAAUUGAAGAAAAUGAUGGCAGGUAAAAAAGGUACCACUGCUGCGCCAACUACUGUUUCUCCUACCACCGCUACUCCUGAACCUGAACCAACCAAAGAAGAAUGUCCUGGAGAAGCAGAAACUGAAGAACCUACUGCAACAGCCACCUCAGCUCAACCAACUCCAACCGGUAAAACGGGCGGUUUGAAAUCCAAAUUGAAAGGGUUGUUCAACAAGGGAGGAAAUGGUAAUGGAAAGUUGGGCGGUUUAAAGGCUAAGUUUUCAAAAGGUAAGAAAACCACUUCAUCUGUUGCUGCUGUAACAACCACUGUCACUAUUGACUGUCCUGAGACUGAAGUCCCAGUUGAAGAUGAAGACUGUCCAGAAGAAAAGAAGUUGGUCGAUGUUAAAGCUGGCAAAGAAAAACGUGAUGAAGCUUCUGAUGUUGCCAUUGACUCAAAAUACUUUGGGUUUGGUGGUAACAAGAAUGGAAAGUCAGAAGAAACCAAGCCAGACACGUUUGAAGAUGAAGACUGCGAUGACGAACAGGAAGAAGAAGGGAAGACUGAUGGAAAGCAAAACGGUGGUAAAAAGGAUAUCAAAAGUAAGUUGAAGGGAAAACUUGGUGGUUUGAAAGGCAAGAUGGGCGGUGCUGGAAUGAAGGAUAAAUUAGGAGGAUUGAAAAGUAAGAUGGGUGGUGCUGGAUUGAAGGAUAAGCUUGGUGGAUUAAAAGGAAAAUCUAAGAAAGGUGGAAAAAACCAAGCUUCAGGAGAAGUUGAUGACGAAGACUGUGAUGACAUCUACGACAACGGAAACAACAACUACAAAUCAGGAAACAGCAAAAAUGGAGGCUUUGGUAAAGGCAAACGUGAAGUAGAAGACAAUUUUUUUGAUUCAAGUGCUGAAUGGUGCUAUGAUUCAGAUUGUGCCGAUGAUAGCUUUUUCAACGACAAGGAGUUUGCUGCUUCAGGGAGCAAUCGUAGAGGGCUGGAACCCCAAUUUUUCGCUCAAAGCGUAGUUUCUAAACAUGAUUUAGUUGAAGAUUUGUUGUUGAAGGUUUUUUUACAAUUGAAACAUUCUGGAUUGAUUAAUGAUAUCAUCAAGAUGUCCUUGACCGAUGAUCUUGUUAGAGAAGCAUUGACUGAUAUCACAAUUAAGUUAUUGAAUGCUGAUGUUAUCCCCUGGGAUGAUAUCAUCCUUGCUAUAAAAACUCAUGGUCUUGUUCUUGAUGUUACCAAAUUCACCUUGACUAAUCCUGAAGUUAGACAAGGUUUGGCAGCUUUUGUAUUAGAACUUAUCCCAGGUUUGAUUAGAAGUGGUUCGUUGACCGCCCAACAAGUUGUCGAGCAAUUGAAGAUUGAAAGUCAACCAUUACCAAGAAACGGAAAAGACGUGAGAGAUCCACGUAUCCAGCCAUUGGGACCUUUUCCUGAUGAAGAAUUUCCACAUGAUCACCAUGAAAAGUCUCAUUUCAAAACUGUAAAGGGUCACGAGGAGGAGCACCACUAUGUCAAAGUCCGUAAUGCUACUCAUGAUCACGAAAUUGAACACCAUGAGCAAAAGAACAAGGAUAUUGAAAAGUCGCAUCAUGAAGCAAACCAUUAUGGGGAUCAUGAAGAAGAUGAUUAUGAAAGUAAGCACCACGAUUCUGAGAAGGACUACCAUGAGGAGUCCAAGAAAGAUUCCAGUGUUCAGGAAAAAGAUUUCCACGAACUGAAGAAGGAUCAUCAUAAAGAAAACCAUCACCAAGAUUUGAACACAAAUGGUGAAUUGCGUGAAGAGCACCAUGAAAAGAAUAACAAGGAAUUAAAGAAGGAAAAGCAUGAACAAGAAUUCUAUGUUGAUGAAGAUGUUUCUGAAAAACAAAAGAGACAUGAGUUGGAACAUCAUGAAAAAGAGGUUCACAAGAAUGAAAAGAAUUUGCAUGAAUUGGAUCUUCAUGAACAAUACGACGAAGGUGAUGAGCACCACAAAGUUGAUCUUCAUGAAAAAAACAAGCAUGGUUUAGAAAAGGAUCUUUAUGAAAAAGAUGAACAUGAAAAGGAUGGAAGUCAUGGAAGAGACCACCACCACAAGGAUGAGCAUGAGUUGACUAAAGACUUUCACGAAAAGGAUCUUUCUCAAGUAGAUGAUGAUGCAGAUGGUACCCACUAUGAUAAGAACUUACACGAAUUGGAUGGUGUUCUGGUUGAAAAGGAUCUUCACAAGGAUCAUGUCCAUGAAGUCGAACAUAAAAAGAGACAUGAAGUUGAACAUUUCGAGGAAGAUUUUCACAAGAACGUUACUGAACAUCAUGAACAUGAUUUCCAUGAAGUUGUUGAUGGCGACUCAGUACAUCAUGAAAAGGAUAAACAUCAAAGUGAGGAUCACAGUGUUGAACAUGACAAACACUUGGUUAAUCAUCACGAGGAGGAUCACAGUGAUUUUGAUUAUGAAAAGGAUUUCCAUGAUUUGGACGAAUUUUUCAAAGAAAAGGACCACCACUCUGACUAUUUCCAUGAAGUUGAUCAUAAGAGAAAAAGACAUGAAUUAGAACAUUUUGAGGAGGAUUUCCACAAAGAUGUCAAGCAACAUCAUGAAGUUGAUCAUCAUGAAAGUAUUGAGGAUCCAUGGAGUCGUGAUGAAAAAGUUCACCAUAAAGAGGAUGAUUUUGCUUUUGGACGUGAUAAGCAUGCAGUUGAUCACCAUCAAGAAGACCACACUGAAGAUUCGGACUACAGUAAGGACGUACAUGAGUUGGAUGAUGUUUCAAAGGAAAAAGAACACCACAAGGAUUUCUACCAUGAAGUUGAUCAUGAACUUACUCGUCGUGAUGUUGGUUAUGAACAUGACAAGGUUUCACAAGGUAAGGAUUUGCAUGAGUUGGAUAAACAUUUCAAGCAGAACGAUAAGGAUCAUUUUUCUAAAGAUAACCUUUAUGGUGGUGAACGUCAUUACAAAGAACAUUAUGAAAAGGAACACCAUGAAAAGGAGAAUCAUGUAACUACACCUGACAGAAACCAUUAUGAAAAGGAAGAACAUGACAGGGAAGAGCAUGGUAAAGAAAAUCAUGAAAAGGGACCUCACGAACAUGAAGAGUUUUCAAAAGAGCAUGGGAAAACAGUUGACAAGAAGGAAUCUAGUGAAAAUGCUUUUGGUAAGAAGGAGCAUGAAUUGAAGGGAGAUUUGGGUUUCAAGUAUGUUCCAGCCGCUGCUGCCAUGAGUGGACCAGUUCAAGCUCCAGGACAGAUUAUUCCACCUCUUGGAGCUUAG